CUUAAUGUCAUCUGGAUGGUCACGCCUCUUUCCAAUGCCAACCAACCUGAACAGGUUAUUCUUUACCAGGGUGGUCAGAUUAUUGAUGGUGCAGCCCAGUUUCAUGGGCGAGUGGGGUUUGCAAAAACAAUGCCAACCACCAGUGCCUCCAUCUUCAUCAACAAUACCAAGCUCUCAGAUACGGGAACUUACCAGUGUUUGGUGAAUAAUCUACCAGACCGAGCAGGACGGAAUAUUGGAGUCAUUGGGCUCAAUGUCUUGGUUCCUCCAUCUGCCCCUGACUGCAGAAUUCAGGGUUCUUUGAAUAUUGGUAGUGACAUCACACUGAGUUGUAAUUCAGAAGAAGGCAUCCCUCGGCCAACUUACAACUGGGAAAGGAUGGAUAAUGUUCCCAAGCUGCCUCCAACAUCCAUUCAAGAUCUAGUUCAGGGUACUCUUCUUCUGCGCAAUAUUAGCUCUUUGUCAUCAGGACGUUACCAAUGUAUGGCAUCCAAUAUCAUUGGAAGCAGCACCUGUUCUCUUGAAGUUCAAGUGAUUACACCUAACCCUCGGAAUAUUGGUCUGAUUGCUGGAGCUGCAGCAGCAGGGGCAGUUGUGCUUAUUGUCUGCAUUGUCUUGGUGGCUGUUACACUCUUUUAUUGGAAAAACAAACACAAGGAGGAAGAGGAGGAGGAGAUUCCCAAUGAGAUCAGGGAAGAUGAUUUGCCACCCAAAUGUUCUUCAUCCACAAAAGCCUUCCAUGGUGAUGCUUCCUCAUCUGAAAAUGACACUCUCACCUCCUCCAAUACGUACAACAGCCGAUACUGGAAUGACCCCAAAGCAAACCAUGCUACAGACUCUUUCACUCACCUCAGCAAUGACGCACGGCAGGCCUUCUCUCGUUCUGGAAGCACCAAUGCCCGUUCUAUAUAUGCUAAUGGAGGUCAUCCAGCACCCCCUCCACCGAAGACAUUGGUAGUGACAACCAAUACAGCUCCAUCUCCACAGGAGAUGGCCAGGAGUAAUGGAUCAGUGAGUCGGAAACCACGACCCCAGCACACAUGGUCCUAUGCUGUAAGCCAAGCAACGCUGGAGAGGAUAGGUGCUGUGCCUGUAAUGGUACCAGCACAGAGCCGAGCGGGCUCUUUGGUGUAA